GCGACGUGUAAGCGUACCUUUAUUUAUAUGAGCGUGUGUGAGAAAGAGAUUGACAUUGACAUUUCCCUUAUUAUUGGUUAUUAUAAUGUGACGUUUGACACCAUUGACGCCUCCUAUUUCAUGUCAACAAUAAUAAUGAAUAAUUUCGAUAUAAAUAAUACCAGUCUAGAAAGAAUGUGCAGAGCAUGUUUAUCGGAAGAUAACGAGGCAAUGUCGUAUUUAGAUUCAGAAUUAAAAGACAUGUUUUUAUUUUGUACAUCACUAGAGUUCGAUAUUGACGAUAAACUGCCACAAUCCAUUUGUAUUAAGUGUAAAAACCUACUAAUAAGUGCCCACUCGUUUAAAAACGUUUGUGUUAAAUCUAAUAACAUAUUACGACAGCAUCUCCUUAACCCUUAUGAAAUUGACGAUUUGGACCUAAAGCUCGACGAAUUGUUUAAAAUUGAUUUCACGGAAAAUAACUGCGACGACCCCAAAACGGAUGUGUCUGAGGAUUGCCCGAAAGUGGAGGAAUCUCAUCAUCAAAGGAAAGGUCGAAAAUCGAGUAAAAAGUUUAGCUUUCAUUGUGAUAUUUGUUCAGAAGGUUUUAACUUAGAGGAUGAUCUGAUAUUACAUAAAGUAGCUCAUCCGAAAGACGGUGUUCCAAAGUGUACAAUUUGUGAUAAAGCAUUUAAUAGUUUGAAAGUUUUAAAACGUCACGUUCGGAUACAUUUCAAAUCAAAACCUUUUAAAUGUGAACUUUGUUCACAUACGUUUACAGAAUCUGGUAGUUUAACUAGACAUUUAAGGAAACAUCGGGGUGAAAAGCGUCAUUUAUGUACUGUUUGUGGUAAAGGAUUUUAUGAGGCAAAUGUUUUGGCUGUCCAUAUGAGGACUCACACAGGAGAAAAACCUAUUAAAUGUGAUAUAUGUGGAAAAAGGUUUUCGGAUCCUAAUGGAUUAAGAUCUCAUAGUAAAUCACAUUCUGGUGAGAAAAAAUAUGUGUGUAAAAUUUGUGAUAAAUGUUUCUCUCAUUCGUUUGUAUUAAAAAAACAUCUUCGAAUACACAGUGGGGAAAGACCUUACCUAUGUCCUGUUUGUGGUAAAUCAUUCACACAGAGUCACUAUGUAUCCAUACACAUGAGACAACAUACAGGAGAAUUACCAUACGUGUGUUCAAUUUGCAAGAAAAGGUUUGCCCAAAAUAGUCAACUAGAAAUGCAUUUAAGAGUACACACUGGAUAUAAACCAUAUAUUUGUAGUGUAUGCGGGAAAGCAUGUGCAAGAUCUGGAGAUUUAGUUACCCAUAUGAGAACACAUACAGGCGAGAAACCGUUUAGCUGUGCAGUGUGUUUUAAAAGUUAUACCACAUCCAGCCACUUAAAAGUGCAUAUGAGAAGCCACAAUGGCGAAAGAACGCAUGUUUGCAGUUUUUGUGGUAAAAGUUUUACAGAAAGUCAAGGAUUAAAAGCUCAUAUUAGGACCCACACUGGUGAAAAACCUUAUGUUUGUAUGGUUUGUGGUCAUGCAUUUGCCCAAUCAGGCGCUUUAGCAACACACAGAAAAAUUCAUCAAAAUGAAAGCACUGCCAAGAGGAAUCAUGAUAUCAAAACAGAGAAUAAUGGCCUUUUCUAGCAUUUGUUUUAGCGUUUUUUUACUAUAGUGUGUAUUAGUUGAUAUUGGUAUGGCAUUAUUAGUUUUUAGAUUUAUUUACAAUUUAUUUCUUAACAAGAAAGAUAGAAAUAAUAUUAAAAUUCCAAAAGUGACUAUGACAAUUGAUACAAAUUAUUGUAUUUGAAAUGGCGAAUAAUUGUAACAGAGUUGUAUCUGAUAAAAUGAUUCAAGGUUUGUGGCAUAAUUAAAUAUGUGUGAUUUUAUUCAUGUACAUAUGUAUGAGUAAAUUUACUUAUUUAUCGUGUUAACAAAACUGUCAGUUUAAUUUGGUGUUGAAUAAAUGUGGCUGUGAAUGUUAA